UCCGCUCCAGUAUGAGAUAGAACUGACAGCCGCGAAUCAAGAUUUGUUUUAAUAAAUCCAGUGAUUAACCGACCAGCGCUCAUUAAAAUGCAGCCCUUCUUCCAGCUCAUCAUAGCUAUCGCCAGUUUUACCUUAACUGCUGCUGUGAGUGACAGUGAGAGAGUGGAGGUAAAGAGUGGAGAAACCCUCACCCUACGAGUCCAAACACCGGGGAAUGUGAGCCGAGCGACAUUAACAUUACUAAAAAAGAGUGAAAACAGGACAGAAGAGCCUAUUACCCUCUACUGUUCCCCUGAGGAGGAGGAGAGGGGCUGCUCCGUCAAGAAAUCCGACAGAUUCUCCAUCACAUCUGACACGGAGAGUUUGUCUUUAAUCUUCGGUGAUGUCCGAGUCAGUGAUGAGGGAUGUUACACUGUCUCUUAUAUCGACAACUUUAACAUCUGGACGGAGAAACUCUUCGAAGUCACAGUCAACGGAUCACUGGAGACUCCUCACAAACCCAAAGAGACUCCCGGGAACAGCCUUGAACAUUGGAUCAUAAUCGCUGUGAGCAUCGCAUUGUCUGCAUCUGUGAUUUUGGGCAUCAUUUAUGUCAUCAAACGCAUCAUCAACCGCCGAAAGAAGAAGCUGAAGACCAGAGGAGAUCCUGAGGAGAUCAUUUCUCUCAGCUCAGCCGGAGCAGCAAGUAAACCAACCACAGAUGAAUCCUUGGAGAUGGGGGACGUGACGAAGAGUUCGGUGGACAAUAACAAACAGCGUUCAAAAAAGGACCUGAACCACGGAGCCUAAAAAGGAUGAUGGAGAAAAUGGAAAUACAAGACAUCGUGUGGACUCAAGAAAACAAGGACGGAUGAUUUCAUUUAAAGAAGCAGCUCAAUUUCUCCUUCUUUAUACCACGCAUUAGUUUUGUUGUUGUUUAUUUUAUCAUUUUAUGUUGUAGCUUGAUCUGUUUUACUGCCUUUGCUUUAAUUUGUUUGUUUUAAAGUUUACUGUCGGCUUCUUUUCUUUGUGGAUAUUUGUACCGGGAGAAAAUAGUGGACUGUAUAAAUAUGGAAAUUACUCUCACAAAGGCUCCAAAAAAGUGGCGUCAUCACCAUUGCUCAAAUGAUAUCAUUACCAUAUUUUGAAAAUGUUAAAUUGUUCAGUGGAUUUCCCUGGGGAGGCAAGUAAAUUAGUUCUAUUUCCGUGCAUACCAGAGUCAACGGGAAGUGACAAGCGCCUUCCGUAAUACGGAGAGCGGCGCGGCCAUGUGAACAUUUCCCCCCCCCAUGUUUUCAUGGGAAGUAGCAAGUCUUCUCGAGUCAAAAGGCGCAAGUCCAAGUGAAGUCACGAGUCAUUGAUGUUAAAGUCCAGGUCGAGUUGCAAGUCUUUGUACAUUUUGUCGAGUCGAGUCUGAAGUCAUCAAAUUCACAUUUUAGAGUGUCUUUUUAUUAUGACCAGCCUAAGGCUCACUUGUGCAGUAAUCAUGCUGUCUAAUCAGCAUCUUUAUAUGAUUGGUGGAUAGAUUGUCUCAGCAAAGAAGAAGUGCUCGCUAACACAGAUUUAGACAGAUGUGUGAACAGCAUUUGAAAGUAGGCCUUUCGUGAACAUAGAAAAAAUUCAGCUCAAGAAAAAUGGGGGCAAAAACAAAAGUGUUGCUGUUACGCGUGUCUGGCGUAUGCCCCGGCCCAGAGUCCUCAAAUAAAUAGUAGUGCUGAUUAUUUUUUUAUUCUUUUAGUCUUCUCUAGUUUCUGAUUGGUUGAGCUGGGGAAACGAGGCUAUAAAGUGUAAGGAGGCGGACCCUCUCAUUCUCUCUCUGCCAGCCACAGUCUCCUCCACUGCCACAGAGCCUCCUGCUCUUAUCUUGUAAUGUUAUUCUGGAGUGGGGAGCUCCAGCCUAUUUCUGUUAGUUUAGUUAUUUUAUUUAUUGUGUUGCUGGGCUCCCCAUCUCAUCAUUUUGGUAACUUUUGUGAGCAUUUUCUGUGUUAAAAUAAAGGAUUAAUUUGGAAUACUCCAGCCGCGUCCCUUUAAACUCCUAAACCUUUUAAGGGACCGUGACAGUUGCGUUUGUAAUUUUGUUAAGUAUAUUUAUGUUUAUGCUGUUGAUCUUCACCAAAACAAACCAUCAAACCCUGAGAAAACUGAAGUGAAGCUUCCUCUAGGAUUCUUGUAGGUCAUCAUUGUUCAUAGAUUCAAAUCAGUGACACUGACCUGAAAAGCCAUCUUGUGCUCUGUGAUCAUUUUGUCUUCAUCUCUAUCACAUUUUGAAGAUGUCCUGCCUUUACUUUACUUUCCAGACCCAGUUUAGUUUAGUGGCUCGGGUACCAGUGAGCUGUUUAUCACA